CGUGAAACAUGGCGUCGAAGGAUGAUGCAAUCCGCAGCUUCGAUGUGGCAACCAGUUUGUUGAUUCAAUGCCGAAUGGCCCAUCAACAGCUGCAAACAGCAGGAUCAAAGGAAGAAAAACUCUUAAACCGAUUGUGUCGUGAACUUCAAUCUCUUCGGAGUCAAGUCCCUGAAAGCUUCGAAUUCGCUUUGAGGGACGACAGUGAAGUGGAUUCUUUUCCCAUGCCGAUGCAUCUGCCGCCUACCUCAGAUUUCGAUCCGAUGAAUCCGAUGGAUGAACGCUCGAGCUCUACGAAGCCACGAACGCCGGCCUCCCGGGAGGCCGCCCAAGCGCAAGAGUCCAACGGACCCGGCCAGGUGGAUCCCAUGGAUCCCAUGGAUCCCAUGGAUCCGAAUCCUUCGAUCCGACGGAGUUCGGUACAUUCCACGGAAUCGAGGGCAUCACGGAGUUCGUUUAAGCGUCGCAAUAGUCGCAAUACGACGUUUGACGUGGAAAGUGAUCCGGUGACCCACAGCUACUCGAUCAAUGGCAUCACGAGAAAGGAGCCAGCGGUUCCUCGCAACACGCUCGUGAAUGUGCUCAAGACCAACUUUGGAACAGACAAGCGCAUAGCAGACUCUCUGGCAAAGUGUUGGCAAAUAGAAGAACCUGAGAGACGUGGAUGUUUGGCAAAACUGGUCAGAUCCAACUUCUUCGGCGCCAGUUGUGGCGCUGUCAUUUUUGCGAAUGCAAUCUUCAUCCUGUAUGCAACAGACUAUGAAAUGCAGAAUCUUAAUCAGCCUACGUCCCUGGAAGACCAAAACAUCUCAGCGAUGACAGCGAUUGAGCUUCUGCUGGUAUCUUUCUACGUGCUUGAAUUGGCAUUGAAGCUGAUCGUCCACAAGUUCUACUUCUUUUGGAACUCUGAAAUGGUUUGGAACUGGUUUGACUUUGUGUUGGUGCUCUUCUCCAUUGUUGAGAAUGCUUUGUCAUUCACUCUUUACGCAGCAACGCGAGAAUCUGGUGGAUCAGGCGUCAAUCUCGUUUUUUUGAGGCUGCUCCGUUUGUGCAAGGUCGUGAAGAUUCUCCGUGUUUUCCGGGCACUGAAAUUCUUUACCGAGCUCAGACUGAUGUUGGAUUGUGUGGUUGGAUCAUUGAUGAAUUGCUUCUGGUGCUUCAUCAUGCUUCUUUUUGUGAUGUAUGUCUUCGCCUUGCUACUCCAGCAAGGGGUCCUGCAGCAUCUUCAAGACAACAGGUCCUCUACAGAGCUCAGCGCAGAUAUGCAGACCUACUUCAGUUCCGGGGUUGCAACCUUGAUGACUCUGUUCCAAUCAUGCACUGGCGGAGUGGACUGGAGUGAUCCGUACAAAGCAUUGGAACAGACUGAAUCCUAUUUGCAUAUUGUUUUCCUUCUGUACAUUGCUUUUGUAUUCAUCUCGGUCUGGAACGUUGUGACAAGCAGUUUUGUGGAGAAGGCACUUAAACUUGCCCAACCUGAUCUUGAUAUGCUUGUCCUUGAACAGCAGCUUCAAGACUUUGAAGACUGUCGAAUGCUAGCUACACUCUUCAAGAAGAUGCUGCGAUUGCAGGUUGAUGAAGAAGGCCAUGAACGCCUUGGCUUAGAAGAGUUCCGGAAGCUAGUGGAGACGGACGAAUUUAGAUCGUAUCUUCAAACUAGAGGCAUUGACAUCAAGAACGCAGAGACCUUUUUCAAAAUGCUUGUGGAACUACAAGGUGAAGACACUAUUGAUGCGCACACAUUCGCAAACGCAUGCGUUCGAAUGAAGGGAGCAGCAACAAGCAUUGAUUUGCAGACGGUCAUGUUCACGACGCACUUGAUGAACAAGGAGCAACGAAGCGCUUUCCAGAACCUAUUUGAUCGUUUGGUACACAUCGAGUCCGUAGUAAGUCCCGACCAGUUGGAUUUUGACUACACCUCCGAAGACUCGAGCCGCUCGAGCCGCUCGAGCCGCUCGAGCCAGCUGCCAGCUACAGUAAGAGUCUAGCACCUGCUAGUGUUCUUUGAAUGAUCUCCCACAAAAGUGGAAAGAUGUUUUUCCAGCUGGUUUGCUGCACUGUGAGGUUCAUGAAAAAACUGAUCAAGCAAGUCAAGCAAGUCUUUUGAAUCUUUGACACAUGUACAGAGAAGAUCAUUGAAGUCUACGGAGAGGAACAAGACCAGCUGGGUUCCGGAGAACCGGUGCCUUCGCUGCCAGCACAUCAAUGUAGGUUCCACCAACGCUUCCAUUUUAAUUGUUUUAAUUCCGCGUCAUCUGAAAACUAUUGUGUGGUUUGAAG